UAUGAGUUCUCUCGAAAUACUUUAAUGCUAAUGCUGAUAAGUUUAUAAGCUCAUAUGAUAUUGGUUCCCCUUUGGUGGUCAGUUGCAAUUUUUUCAUUGAUCUUUAAUAAAGCUUUUCUUUCUUUAAUCUCAGGCUCUGCAGUUGUUCGACAUUAUAUAUUGAGAGGAUUUUUAGGCUUUUGAGGGAAAAAAUUGCUAAUAACACAAUGGUACUGCCACCCCUGGCUCACUGGUUCAYGAUAGCUCUCUUUUUGUACUUGGCUCAAAGAAAAACAGGGAAUGUAUGAUUCCGCAUCAGCCAAGAUACUACAUCCAAGAUACUUUCGGUCCAAGAUAGUCUCACUGUGAUACUAAUCCAUGUUGAUUCAUGAGCAAUAUGAAAGUUAUCCUUGUUGAAUCAGAACGGAAAUUUAAAAAGUCCCCUUUUCUUUCUUUCUACAGAACAAACUAAUUGCAACAUGAAAUGGCCUCAUUAUUAUAUGGCGAUUGGAAAAGACCUGUCUCAGACCAUGAAAAAAAGAAAAGUUUAAAAGCAAAGAAUUUUGUGCUUUUGGCUGUCCUUCAGCUCACAGUUUUUUCUCUUCUAUCUUUUCUUCUCCCCUUCUUUCGCUGAACUUUCCCUCUGUCACUCCCACUCUCCUAUUACAUCUGGUAGGGAUCUGUGAUCUGAAAGUGACUGUGAAGUUGCUGUGGCUCCUCUCUAUCCUGCUAUGUGACUGUCUCUGGUUCGACUGGACACCAGACUACCUUUGUCACUGCUAACCUCCCUCCAUCAGAGAAGUCGUGGUGUCUGGUACGUGUGUGGGGAUAUACUCAGGAUCACAUGUACCCCUCUGAUCAUUGGUGCUUCUGGGCAGCUGAGGUAUCUGAGGUAGCUUGACCACCAGGCACGACCAGCAGACAUGGCCAGCCCCAGGAGGUCUCUCUUUCAGGGCCUGAGUGUGCUGCUCCUGGCCUKGGCUCUGGUACACUGCCAGCCCCCUCUGGAGCCCCAGAAUGAAGAGRAGAAGGAGGAAGAACCCAUGGAGGAGACAGAGCCAGAGAUAGAGACCUUUACAGUCCCGGCUGUAGUGAAGGCCGAGCCAGUUGUAUGUCCAGGGGAAUGUACCUGUACAGAGGGAGCGGUGGACUGUGCUGGGGUUGACCUCAUGGAMUUUCCUAGUGAGCUGCCUGAGAGCACACGCAUUCUCUCGCUGCAGAACAACCAGAUAGAGGUAGUAACCAUUGAGGACCUGACACGUCUGCAGCAGCUGGAAACACUAAACCUGCAAAACAACUGUCUGACCACGCAAGGCCUUGAAGAUGAAGGAUUUACAGUGCUGGAACAACUGAGUUACUUGUACUUGGCCAAUAACAAGCUCACCACAGCACCCAAACACCUGCCUCCCUCACUGGUCAGUGCUGAUUUCGCCGCUAAUUUGCUCACGAAGAUCUACCCGUACACAUUUGGUCAGAAGCCAGGACUGAAGUCAGUGUAUCUCCAUGACAACAAGCUGACAGAUGCAGGGCUACCUGAGAACAUGUUUAACGGUUCUGACAGCCUGGAGGUUCUCAUCUUGUCCAGUAACUUCCUCCGCUACGUCCCUAGGAGCCUGCCCUCUGCCAUCUACCGCCUCCAUCUGAAGAGUAACAAGCUGGAGAAGAUCCCRACAGGGGUUUUUGAUACCCUGACCCGGCUCAGAGAGCUCUACCUGCAGAACAACUUGCUUAGCAACGAAGGCAUGGACAAUGAGACCUUCAGCCAGUUGACCAGUCUGGAGUAUCUGGACCUGUCCAACAACAACCUGAGUGUGGUUCCUCAGGGUUUGCCCCGGAGUCUGAUAUUGCUACACCUGGAGAGGAACAGUAUCCGCAGUAUCCCUGGCAAUGCUCUCACAGCCUGUCGUAACCUUGAGUACCUACUGCUGCACAACAACCAGCUACACUCCCGCUCCAUACACCAUGCUGCAUUCCAGGGCCUGAAGAAGCUACACACCCUCCACAUGUACAACAACCAGCUGGAGCGUGUCCCCAGGGCUCUGCCCCGCCGAGCCAAGACUCUCAUGCUGCUUCACAACACUAUCAACGUGAUUGAACGCAACGACUUGGUCUUUCUCUAUUCCCUGACCGAGCUSAACCUCAGUUACAACCGCCUCACCAGCCCCAAGCUACACAGAGAAGCCUUCAGGAAGCUGCGUCUGCUGGUGACCUUGGACCUGUCAGGGAACGCCCUCCACUUCCUGCCCUUGGGCUUGCCCCGCUCCCUGCAGGUCCUCCGGGUGAAGGACAACCAGCUGAACUCCAUACCAGAAGGGGCGCUGCAGGGCAUGACCAAGCUCAGGGACAUCAAUCUCAGCCACAACCAGCUUAGACUCAACUCCAUCUACCAGGGAGCAUGGAUGGAGCUCCGCGCUCUGACGACUUUGGACCUGUCCAGUAACCAGCUGUCCCAUGUUCCAUCUGACCUGCCUGAGUCUCUGGAGUACCUGUACCUGCAGUCCAACCACAUCAGCACUGUCCCCGCCACCGCCUUUGAUGGCACUCCAAACAUCAAGGGCAUCUUCCUACGGUUCAACCAUCUGUUGGCCCACUCUGUGAAGGAGAGCUCCUUCAAACACCUGACCAAUCUGGAGGUGCUGGACAUCGGCCACUCGAGUCACUCCAACCCCUCCGGAGCCUCCUUCAGACAAGAGGAAGAGGAGGAGGAAGAGAUGGAGAUGAUGGAAGAGGAAGUGGGAGAAGGAUUCUCUUCAUAAGUUUAUCCCAUGGAAACACACAGCUUGAAUGAUCCAAAACCAAAUGUUGCAGUUGUUUAGGCUGCAAUCCCAAAGUCCAGUUCUUUUGAAAGUACAGAAAACAGUAUUUUUGCAAUAGGUCAGGCUCAAUUCUGAAAUGUAAAUUGAACUAUGAAUGGAAGCGCAAAGUGGUAUUUUUUCCCAUAUAGUGGGGAAUUGCCGAUGCACAUAUCUCUGGUGCAGGAUACCAGAUAAAAUUAUAUUUUUGUUUGUUCUAUUAUUUUUCUCGGCUUUGCUUGUCUAUGCAAUGACAGAUACGKUUGCAUUUCUGUGCUUGAGUCUUUGUGUGCAUUCCAAAUGGCACCCYAUUGAGUGCACUACUUUUGACCAGGGCCCAUAGGAUUUUAGUCGAAUGUAAUGCCCUAUAUAGGGAAUAGUGUGCCAUUUGGGGCAGAUACUUUGUCUCACCACCACUUUAGUGGAAGCAGAAAGGAAAAGACAGUCAGAUCUGUCAUAUGUUGAUCAUACUGUGUAGGUCCCAUCUCUGAACUUUACUGUGUGCUAGCUGUGUCACCUUACAAAGAAGAUUAUGUCAAGAUUUGAAGUUUUUGUUUUCAGUUCUGAGCCUGUAUUUAUACUGUAAAGCAUCUCACACUAGGAGAGCUGAUCUAAGAGCUGAUCUAAACUGAUCCUAGAUCAGUAUUCCUACUCUGAGAUCUUUUGUGAAUAUUGGCCCUGGUUGUGAUUGUGUGAUGUAGUCUGGUAAGACAGUCUGGCUUUAUGUAAUUUUGUCAUUCUUAUAUCAUCGUUACUAUGCCACAAGUUCUGUGACCGUGUUACAAUCUCUUCGCUCUUAGACUACCAUGAGCUUGAUCCAUGCUGUUAAUGUAAUGCCUUACUUUAAUCCAGUCUUAUUUUGUAAGACGGCAAGUAUUUGCGUAUGGUAUUUGAAAAACUUAUGCUAUUAAAUUAGUCACGUUGCUAUGAACCAAUGUAUUCACCUUCAGAUGUAUACAUAUGGAUUUCACACAGCAAUAAAUAUCAUGCAUUAA